AUGGAAAAUCACGUGGAGGUUGCAGAUUCAGCAAUCGCUCCAACAACCAAAUGCACCGCCGUGAUAAUCAUCGCCUUCUUCCUCUUGCGCCACCUCUUCCGACGGUUUCGGGUUGCCAACCACCCUGCCAUCUUCACCUUCAACGGCGGCGGCAACAAAGACACCCUUUUCCGCGCAGUGUGCCUCCACCACCUCGCCGCCGGCGAGAGGUACCGGAAACUUCCCAAAUGCGGCCACUGCUUCCACGUCCACUGCAUCGAUGCCUGGCUCCAAGCUCAUCCGACAUGCCCAAUCUGCAGAACCCCAGUCCUAGAUCUUCGUCUCCCCCGGCAAGAAAACCAAGAUAGAAAUUAUGUCUCUAAUUUUCUUUCGCUUCCUGGGAAAAUCCUCAGGAGAAUUGGUAAUCCUUUUGAUCAAGAGAUUGCCACUGCUUUAUGUGUCAACUUGAGGUAUAUUCACUAG